AUGGUUCCUAUGACGGGUGGUGCCUUUACUCAUACGGCUGUGGCGCCUGGAGAGUUUGCGUCGUGGAUAGUUGCGAUAUGCCUGGUCUCUGGCUACGCCGUGUCAGUAAGUUGGUCUUAUAGCGUUCAGACUUUUUUUCGAGAGUUUUCUAUUGUGUUCUCACCAGCUUUUGGGGUUUCACCGAUUGGUGUCUCCGGUGACAGCCUCAUCCUUACAGGGGGAACUAUGUUAACCCCCCGGCGAUGUUUUGAACGUCGAUCUGUUCCAUUGUGUUGUGCGUGGGGAUUCCUGAGACCGCCACUGUAA